CAAUGCACCUCUUGCUUUUUCCUCCAAAGUAUGUUAUAUUAAGUUUCGUGAAGCAUCGAGUGUUGGUGUGGCCCAGCAUCUAACUAACACCGUUUUUAUUGACAGAGCUUUGAUAGUUGUGCCCUGCGCAGAAGAUGACUAGACUGGCCAAGGCAGACCUGUUACACUUGCCUGAGUUAGGCAUUGUUUGCCAUGCCACUAAACCUGCCGCCAAGUGAAACCUUCAUGGGGGAAAUGAGAUCGAAGUCUGGCCUGCUGAAGAUGGACGCCCUGUCUCUGUUUUUAUUUUAUUUUGCUUUCUUUCCUUUGUUUCUUUUACUUUUAUUUUUAUUUUAUUUUGUCCCUUUUUUGUUUUGUUCUGUUAAAUCUCUUUCCCUUGUACUUGUGAACUGGUACUUCAGUUCUGUAAAAAUGGUGUUUUGUAAAGGGUUCACAGUGUUUCAUUUUGAAGUUGACCUGAAGCUGCUUAUGAAUGGUGGAUGGUAUACGCAGAAUUUAGAAUAUGAUUAAUUUUUAUGCUGUGAAUUAUGGAUAAAUUUGAUUUGGAAUACAUUUAAGCAUCUAAAUUCAACAGAUGAGCACAUUGUGUCUGAAGACAGGAAUAGUGAAAAAUAUAUCAGUUUUAAGAUACAUUCUUUCAUAUGUUAUGCUUUAUGAGUUUAUCUUGAAAAGGAGAGUUGAAACACUUACUUCUGGAGAAAUUAACUUUACAAAGUAAAGUCAUGAUCUUUCUCUGCUAUUUUUCCUCUUCUCAGCAGAGUAUUUUAUUUUAGGUUGCAUGGUCUGUUUAAAAGAAAGCUUACUAUUUAUGUAUAAUAUCAAGAGUUUAAAAUAAUUCUUUCUGAAAUUGAACUUUCCUGAGUAUUGAAUGUCAUGAAAUACAUGUUUGGUUCUGAUGAAACCUUGCUCCAGUGAGGUCAGUGGCAGUAAGAUUUCAUCGUUUUGUUUUUGUAAUUUUCAGAAAAAAAACUGUUUACCACUCAUAAGUACAAAUGCAGCCUGAAGUUUUGGUUGGAAUGUGUUUUGUGAGGCACAUUGUCUUUUAACACUGUUAUUUGUGGGAAGAUUGAAUCAGUUCUCUGUGCGUGUGUGUGUGUAUGUAUGUGUAUAUUGUACUUUGACAUGCUCCAGUGGUGGUUAUUUCAAGAAGAGGGUUUUUUUUUUUGAAAAAGAAAAAAACAACAACAAGAAAGAAAAAAAAAUUUGUCUUUUUGGUCAUCUCAGAAGCCUUGGCAGUUCAUGCUGGAGUGAUUGAGAGGAUUCUCAUCCCUAAAUUAUGUUCUUAUUAAUGUGAAACAGAAGCCCUGAAACAGAAGUGGUGGACCAGGAGGUGGUGUGUCUAGUACUCAGGCAUUGCUCUUCCCAGACAGCUGCACUGGGAUCGAUUGGUUUCACACUGGUGACGCACCAGGCUGUGUGCUGCUGCUGGGAAGAGCUUUGCUUAGUGGCCUCUGUUGGAUUUUGCUGUGACAGUUGAGGUAAUUGCCAGUAGGUAUAAUCUCUUUAAUUACUGCUGCUAAAUCCAAUAAGAAUCAUGAAUUGGAUCACGCAGAAAUUAUUUUAUAUGUAAGUGUACAUUUUCCAUUGAUUUAAAAUAGCAGGGAAAUAACAAUUCCUUUAAUUAUGUUCAGAGUAGAUGUAAACUGUAAGUAUUUUUAAAAUGAGCAAACUUAAUUAUUGAAGAAGGCAUUCUGGGGGGGAGGAUCAACCAUGUAGUUUCAGUACAAAGAGUAGGAAAUUAGUUUCUUCUGAGCACUUGGAGGGGGAUAAAAAUAUUGUAAAUAGUACUUGCUUAACACAGAUACUUCUGUUCAGCAUUUAGCAAAAUGGAUUCUGGAAUGGACUAUGUUGACUAGGCCUCUUAAGCACUAUGAUGAUACAAAAAAGUAACAAUCAUAACUGAUAUUUAGGACAACUGUAUGUUUCCUAAGAAGCAUAAGGUGUCUCUAGGCAAUGCAGAGCUAAUCUACAUCUGCUUCCAGAUUCCGUUGCAAAUUGAAGAAUCAAUAAAUAAAUGAUCAUAGAAUCUGUAAUUUACUAAACACAAGAGCUUCUAAGAAAUCUUUCUAAGGAUGUGGUAUAGAUGUGGCAUAUUUAUUUUGUCUGUUUCCCUAAUUAGAAAAUAAAUAUCUUUACAUCGUUUCCACUCAAUUGUUAAAUACCACAAGUUCAAAAAACAAAUCAGUUAUUCUUAAACUAAAGUGUCGUAAUUUAUUGUGUCAUAACCCACACCUUUUGUUGUAUCUUUGUGGGCUUGUAUUCCUUUUAUAAAUAAAUUAAUGGAGAUAAAACUCCAAACCUUAAAGCCUGUAACUGGUGAGGUUAUUUGGCCUCACAUAUUAGUUUGUUUUUAAAAACUGUCUCAAGAACAGGGAAGUAAAUUUGCAAUGUAUUUCACAUUUUCUUUCCGCCUUUCCUCCUGCCCCCCACCCCCCAGCAGUUUGUUUUCUAUAGAAUUGUGUAAAAGUUUGACAUGUUCUUAAAAACUGGAGAAGGACCUUUUGAAAAGACAGUAUCUUGUAUAUGCAGGCAAAUUUUCAGGGGUCUGUCGGUAGAGAUAGACUUUCUCAUUCUUGAAUAAAAUAAAUGAGUCUUUCUUUGUGGCAUGGAACUGACCAACUAGAUUUUGUAUUUAAAUUAAGACUUUACAUUGUUGAAGGACCAAAGUAUUCUGGAAAUAAUGCUGCUAACGUUACAAUUGAGAUAUGCAUGUUAUUCAUUCUUUGAACUGCUAUAACGGUACACUUAACCAAAAGUGUUCAGUAGAUUCCCUAAGCAACAUCUGAGCAAAUGAAUAAUUCCAGUUAUUUCAGUAAGAUGACCAGUAUACUUAAGGCUUAGGCUUGUAUUUAAAUACCUUUCUGAACUUGACUCAUUGUCUGUUUAGUUACGUGCCUAACUUGGUUCCUAUUUAAAAGGGCUAAAUGCCUAAGCAUCUCUGAAGAUUUGAAGCGUAUAUUGAAUUGGCUGUAUGUGAGCGCAUACUUGAAUUAGGCAUAUAGUUAUGUACGCUACUGACCAAGGAUCUAAAUUAGAGUGCAGACGCACAACUUUAGGAGCCAUUUCUGCCGUUGGAUUUACUCAAGCCAUGUCUGUUGAUCCUGCAGAAACCUACAUGAGUAUCCAUUAAUUGCAAGAUGCUAGCUGUUCAGGAUAAGGUCUGGUUCAUUAAUCAUUUGAGAACACCUAAGUAUUUCAAUUUUCAGAAGAACCGGUACAUAAUUCUAUGCCUAAUUUGCAUGCACAGCUGCUGGAACUAUAUAUUCAAAAGCCUUUUAGUUAGCUACAUAUUAGGCAGGAUGCGCAGCAAAGUACCUGAUACUCAUGAGCAGUCAGGCAAAUCAGGUACACCUCCCAUUGCAUGCCUGACUUCAAAAUGAGAUCUGUAAAGAGUGCUGAACAUUGUGAUGAUGACUCAGAUUCAUGCAUGUUUUUUAAAAAGCCCUGGAAAUCAUUACUGCACAGUUAAUUCUUAAGUGCUAAUAAUUUUCCUAUUUUUCUCCUUUAGAUAGAAAAAUCAAGUGGUUUGUUACAUGUUAAGGAGCAAGGUGCCUCAAAAUUUAACAUAAAUAAAAUAAGUGUAAAUAGGAAGCAUGAGGAGAAAAUGGGUACUGUUAUUUUAUCUUCUCUAUUCCACCCAUGCUACAUAUAAAUUAAGUUUCAUUUAGAUUUGUUUUGUCCUUUGGUCAUAUCCAACUGUAACCCAGUCCUUGCUGCAGAUCUGUAGAACAGGUUUGCAACACUUUUGUCGUCUUUUUAUUUUUUUAAAGUAGUAUAUUUCCUGUGGGGUCUGUUGGAACUCAUAUGGCUAAAACUGCACAGUGUUUUGAAACUUACCUCAUAUUUUGCUUUUUGAUAAGAAUAUUUAUAUAUUAAUUUUAAAAUCCCAAAGUUAGGGGUUUUAUAGUUAAAACAUACACAGUUUGAACCAAAGCAGUGAAAGCCGCUGAUACAAUAUUUGUGUAUACCUUGACUUUUAAGACAAUGUUUAAAUAAAAGCAUUUACUUUAUUAAAGUGAAUGGGGUAAUACCAAAGGCUCAGUUGGAUAGCAUAUAUACAAUUAUGCCAGUCAUCUUGAGUAGAUCAGCGAUACCUAGUAUAAUUAGAACAUAUUUCUGUUGUUUUUCAGUUUAGCGUUUAAUGUUUGUAUCAGUUUAAAUAAAUCCCUUUUCAUUUAAAAUUUAAUACGUACAUUUCAUUGUAAUCGUAAUGGUUUAACUAUUAAAUCUUUUAAUUUUGAAGAUUUUUCUGGGUUCAUUUAGCAGUCUAAUUGUGACUAACAUUGAAUGAAACCUGAGUUUAAUUCAGAUUGAUAUUACUUGAACUUUUAUCAUGAUGGGGGAAUACAAUCUGAUUGAAAUAGUAGGAUAUACAUAUUUUGGGAAAGUGUGGCUUACUUAGUUGGAUCAGUUGUGAUUUUCUUCAGUCUCAGUAAAUUUCAAGCUGAUUUAUCAAAGUUUCAGAUAAACUGAGGUGACCUAGAAUGUGAGACAAUACAAAUCUGAAUUUUUUUCUGCCCUCCCCUCCUCCACCUCCAACUUCACUUGUAGUAUGUAUUGUGUGGAGUCACGGUAGUUCAGUAGUUUUUAUUUUAUUUUUAUUUAUUUUUUACAUACGAAGUAGAUAGAACAAGAGGAUUAAAAAAAAAAGCACAAAUUUCAGUUAGCACAUACUUUGUUUUUUCUUUUUUUUUUUUCUUUUACUGAUUUGGUUAUUUGCCAUUUCUGGGGAUUAAACUUUAAAAAAUGUUCUUCUUUUCUGUAUCUGAUGUUCUGUGUGCUAUUAGUGAUGCAGCCAACACGAACGGUUGUCAUGUGUAAAACAACUUUCGAUCACCGCGAAAACACCGCCCUGGGAAAGCGUCCAUGCUUGAUAUCGUUUGGUUCAUGAACAUUAAGUUUCCAGUACAGGUAAAAUCCCAGAUGAAGCUAAAGCCCUUUCUCUGUUGGCGCCUGCUCCUACUAUGACAAGCCUGAUGCCUGGUGCAGGGUUGCUUCCUAUACCUACACCAACACCUUUGACUACACUCGGUGUUUCACUUGGCACUUUGGGGGCUAUACCAGCAGCGGCACUGGACCCUAACAUUUCGGCCCUAGGAGAAAUACCACAACCGCCGAUUAUGGGGAACGUGGAUCCAUCCAAAAUUGAUGAAAUCAGAAGAACGGUCUAUGUUGGAAACUUGAAUUCCCAGACUACAACAGCAGAUCAGCUGCUUGAAUUCUUUAAGCAAGUUGGAGAAGUCAAAUUUGUGCGAAUGGCUGGUGAUGAGACGCAACCAACACGAUUUGCUUUUGUGGAAUUUGCAGACCAAAAUUCUGUACCUCGAGCUCUUGCCUUUAAUGGAGUUAUGUUUGGAGACAGGCCACUGAAAAUAAAUCACUCCAAUAAUGCAAUAGUGAAGCCUCCUGAAAUGACACCACAAGCUGCUGCGAAGGAACUGGAAGAAGUGAUGAAGAGAGUAAGGGAAGCCCAGUCUUUCAUAUCUGCUGCUAUUGAGCCAGAGUCUGGAAAGAGCAGUGAAAGAAAAGGCGGUCGAUCUCGUUCCCAUUCUCGUUCAGAAUCCAGGUCUAGCUCAAAAUCCCGAUCUAGAAGGAAAAGAUCACACUCAAAACACAGAAGUAGAUCUGGCAACAGGUCACUCUCAAGACACAAGGACAGACGCAGAUCCAGAAGUCCCCUGAAAAAACGGUCUAGAUCUAGGGAGAGGCGGAAAUCAAGAAGUCGCUCUCGUUCUCGGGACAAGAAAAGAGACAAAGAAAAGGUCAAGGAAAAAGAAAAGGCCAAAGAAAAGGAGAAAGAGAGAGACAGAGACAAGGAGAAGGAGAGAGACCGAGACAGAGACAGGGAAAGAGAGCGAGAUAAAGAGAGAAACAGGGAGAAGGACAGGGAGAGAGAUAAAGAGCGAAACAAAGAUCGAGAGAGAGUCAGAGACAAAGACAGAGAUAGGGACAGGGACAAGGAGAAAGACAAAGAUAAGGACAGGGAAAGGGAGAAAGAUAAGGAGAAGGAAAAAGACAGGGAAGAGGUAGACCAGAACAAGGAAAAAGAAGAUACUGAGAAAGAAGGAGAGAAGGAGAGAGAGAAGAUUAAGGACAAGGAGGGUGAUAAGGACAAAGGAGGGGACAAAGAGAAGGACAGAGACAAAGAAAAGGAAAAAGAUGGGGAUAAGGAGAAGGAGCGAGAAAGAGAAAAAGACAGAGAUGAUAAAAAGAAGAAAGAGAAGAAAUCCAGAACACCCCCCAGAAGCUAUAGCUCUUCAAGAAGAUCUCGUAGCUCCAGCAGAGAAAGGCGUAAAAGGAAGAGUAGAAGUCUCUCCAAGUCUCCUAAAACAUCCAAAACAACAAAAAGAAAGUCUUCACGAACUCCUUCUCCGAGAAGAAACAAGAAAGAAAAAAAAAGAGAAAGAGAUACAAAUAAUGAAAGAAGAGAAAGAGAACGCUCCACCUCCAAGAAAAAAAGUAGUAAAGAAAAAGAGGGAAAGGAGAAGUCUGACAAAGGCGCCGCUACUUUGAAGGACAAAGAUCACACUAAAGAGGAUCAGAAUUCAGAAACUGACAAGGAAGUAGACAACAGAGAUACACAAAGGACAGAUGAAGUCAAAGUACAACAGAAUGGGAACUGUCAACCAAAUGAAGAAGACCUCUCAAUUAAAAUGGAAGAGGUUUAAAGCAAAGAAUGGACCUCUGAUUCAACUAAGGAACGCAAUCCAAAGCUUUUUAUUUCCCAGAAUGAGGAAGAAAAUGUCAAAGCAAUCAACCUGAACAUGUUGAUAGUACUAGUAGCUCUUCCAAUUCUUGUGAUAGCUUUGUUGUCUUCUUGCUGUAAAGCAAGAGAGCACGGACCAGUAGUUACACCAUGAAAAGGCAGAUGCCAUCAGAACUAUUCAUCUCUGAAAACCCAUGCAUUUCCAUGAUGGCUGUACUUAUUUGUAAAAUGAUUUAUGUUAAGUUUUGCCAUAAGCUGUUACAAAUAAGUAGAAACUGAAAGAUGUAAACCUGUACUACCCAAAAAAGCUGAAGAUAUGCAUUGAAGGUUGUUUAAAAUACUGCUUGUUGAUGAAUUUUCUAUUGUUUUACCUUGUGGGUUAAAAAAUCCGCAAAAACUUCAAUGUGUACUGUUUGAUGUGCUUGGAAAUGGUGCAUAAAUAUACACACUUUCUUUUGUUGUAAAUGACAACUGUAGGGAAAGGGUUUUUAAACACAAACAUAGUUUUACGGUUCUUAUGUUAAAUACCCCCUGACUAGUAUGUUUUUCAUUUGCGCACUGCUUGAGAUUCUUGGUUUUUAUUAUUUAAAAGAAUUUCUUACUAAUAUCCCUAAAAUUAAUAUUUCUUUUAAAGUAUUUGAACAAUGCAUGCUACUUUUCUGUUCCUAAGAGGAACAUUGCCAUGUUAUAGAUGAUAGGUUAGCUUACUUAGUUAUUUUGGGGUUGUUUUGGUUUUUUUUUUUUCUUUUGUCCUUCCAGAAGUGAGCACAUCUGUAUGAUAUUAUCAGAAAUUACAGCUGUGUUUUUAGCCAUACUGCAGUGUGUCUGUUCAGCUGCAAAUAGUACAGGUGCCAUUAUGAAAAUAAAUUUUUCUUAUUUGUUUAAAAAAUACGGGAGCACAAGCAGAAGCUUUAGUGCCUUCUUAAAAUGUGGUAUUUUCUAGAAAGGUAUGUGUUAUUAUUCAUUUUCAGCUAAAUCUUACAUGAUCUCUAUUGCUAUUUUGCCACCACCAUACUGUAGACAAGAAUGCAAGUGACUUGCCAGAACGAUUGAUUCACUUGUUAAAAUACUAAAUCGCCAUUUUUACUUUUAUUUUUUAUUUUUAGAAGAGAUUUAUAGAUUAAAGAUGCAGUUUGGGGACCACCACUGUACAAAAGUAGUAGCUGAAUACAAAGCAUUUUAUGAUCACCUGCAUCAAAGACAGCCCUUUAGACACGUAACCUGCAUUUGGAUGGCCUUAAUUGUUACCUCUCCAUCAUCUUCUCUGAUAGCUGUUGGGUGAUGUAAAAGGAAUUGUAUGCAAAGAAGGGGAGAUAAAUAAUUGGGGAAAGAAAGUUCUAAUUAACACAGGAGUUAUAUGGUAGAGAUUGUUUUUUCAGCCUUUGGGGAGAAAGGAUGUAAGAAGAGAAUGACAAAGCAGAUAUUUUUGUCAAGGUAAAACAUGGCUUGUGUUCUCUGAAUAAUUUAAUUGGUUACAUGAGAUUUCGUAAGAGUCAUACCUUUAAAACUUACUUAUACCUAAAAUCGAGUAGAUUAUUUUUAAUACAACUUAAUACAAUCAAAUGACUUAAUUGCCUUACCUCAUGGGAAGAGUUAUUUCUUUCAGUUAAAACCCGAACUUAACAGCAUAUUCACUAUUUGCUUUCCAUUUGUUUUCCUUUUCAUUUGCAUAGUCAAUUCUUCAAAAAAAAAAAAAAAGAAAACAUAUUACAAGGAAUGAAAUAUUUGCCCAAUUCCUAAGGUAAUGAAACACAGUUUGAUUGUGAAGCUACUUAAUCACUCUUCAUUUUCAGUAGGAUUUAAUGUUCUUGCCACUGUGUACGUUUAAGACUAUGGAAAAUGCUUUACCAUGUAAAGUAUAGACAGUCAUUUUUGUGAUGUUUAAGCCACAUGCUGUUGGCUGGUAAACAGCUUAUUCUGAUAAAAGAAUGACAAAUCUGUAUGCUUACAGGAAGACUGUGAAGGAUUGUGUCUUGCAACAACAGCUGUCUUAUUUAUGAUGUGUAAGUAGCAUAGAGCAAAGAGAUUGUUUGUAUACUUGUUAUCUUUGGUACCAUUUCACUAAUAAAAUUAAGUAUUUUAGAGGGAAA